AUGUCAAGCAAAAACCAGUUACCCCGUGUUCUCUGCCUGCAUGGCGCAGGAUCAUCUGGAGCUAUCUACCGAGUCCAGGGUCGAAAAUUAUUCCAUCCACUUCGUCGGGAGUUUCAAUUUGUUUUUGUCGAUGCUCCAUUCCCCUCCACUGCUGGCCCGGGCAUGUAUCCUGCCUAUGCGGACUCUGGGCCAUUCUUUCGAUGGCAGUGUGAUAUGUCCGCCGCUUCGUCAUUCGACAUAACUGAAGAAGAAGUCAACGCUGAAACAGAGAAAGUAUGGAAACACUUGGAAGUUCAACUGCGUUCCUCGAACGGUGGCCCCUUUGUCGGACUAAUGGCCUUCUCACAAGGCGCUCGAGUGGCCACUGGGUUGUUGUUGCAUCUCGAGGAGAAACGUCGUAACGAGUGUUCCGAUUUGCCCGAGAUCAAGUUCAUCAUUCUAAACAAUGCGACUUAUCCGCCUCUUUUCUUCGACCUUGAAUCUUGGGCUACCGACUCCGCAGAUGGGAGCUGGGCGGAUGAUUCGUCAGACAGAUCCACGGAUGGUCGCUCAUCGGGUGAAAGAAGGGUUGCCAUUCCAUCUAUCCAUACUCAGGGAUUAAACGAUCCCUGGCGUCCUGAGUCGGAAAAGAUGAGAGUUACUUACUUUGAGGAAGACUGUUCCAUUGUCAUGCCGUUUACCGGGGGCCAUCAGAUGCCAGCGUUGGACAGGGAGGCGAACACAAUUGUAGAUGCGAUACGGAAAGUGGCCUCUCAGACACUGCUAUCUUAA